GGAAUAAUUUUGAAGAGCGUACUAACAAAGCGAAAGGAGAAGCAAGAGAGAGAUUUUUCCCGCAGAAGAAAAAAAAAAUAUGAGUGGAGGAUUAUCACAAGACUGGGAGCCGGUGGUGAUCCGUAAGAAGGCGCCGACCGCCGCCGCACGCAAGGAUGAGAAAGCUGUUAACGCUGCCCGUCGCUCCGGUGCUGAGAUCGAAACCAUCAGAAAAUCUACUGCUGGCAUAAACAGGGCUGCCUCUAGUAGUACGACCUUGAACACCAGGAAACUUGAUGAAGAUACUGAGAAUCUGGCUCAUCAAAAAGUACCAACUGAACUAAAGAAAGCCAUCAUGCAAGCUCGACAAGAUAAGAAGCUGACUCAGUCUCAACUUGCUCAGCUGAUAAAUGAGAAGCCUCAAAUCAUCCAGGAGUAUGAGUCAGGAAAGGCAAUUCCAAAUCAACAAAUCAUCUCUAAACUGGAGAGAGCUCUUGGUGCAAAACUCAGAGGAAAGAAAUGAAGAGCCUCUUGGCUUCUCAAAUCUCUAUUCCAGUUCUAACUGUGGUCAUGUACAUGGACAACUUUUUCUGUUAGCCCUCUUUCUAUAACCACUGUGGUGCUUAUGCCUGUGUAUGGAUUGAUGGUUGUGAAUUUCUUGGCUAAAUGGGUGUUACUUCUGUGGAAAAAUAAGACGUUUAUGCUUGUGCAAGGGAUGUUGUCUUUGUGCUUUCCCGUUUUCUUUAGAAAUAGUUCUCACUUCUGUGAGGAUCAGCAUUUGAGAUAUAAUGGAAGACAUAAUUGACAUAUGGGAAAAUGCAAAGUAUAUCCCUUUGCAGUGUGGAAUAUAAUUUGAUGCUACAAUUCUAUACUAAUGGAGAUGUUACCUCUUCUAUAUAUAAAAAAAUAAUAACCAUA